UCAAAGGUCCCGCCCCUCCACCAGCAGCCGGCAGAGUGUUAGGGGGCGUUUCUCCAGAAGGAAAGCUGUGAGCUGCGACGCUGAGGAAGGGGACCCCAAAACGUCUGGCACUGCCCCCUCCAGGGAUCACUUUGGACCGCGUCACUCGGCCCAGCCGGAUUCUGAAACGCCGAGGGGUCAACCUGAUGGGUUUCGGGGUCAACGGAAGAGGGGAAGGGGAGCCCUGGCGGGGAGAACCCCCCGGUCCCCCGCCCAGCAGCUGAGGCACAGGAGGGCGGCCAUCUUGGCCGGGAGGGUAGGGCUGGGGAGCUGCGGGCGCCGUGCGAUUGGGGGGCUCGCCCGGAAGUGACGCCAACUACCCGGAAGCGGAGGGGGUUCCCUGGCCCACUCCCCCCUCGUUCGUUUGCUCCCCCGCUUCCUCCCCGCCCCCCUUCCUCUCCAUUCGUUUCCCCCCCUCCCCGUUCCCUGCCUUCUUCCCCCCCCCGCCGUCCCUCCCCCCCAACCUCCGGAGCUGGGAAGAGAGUCAAGAUGGCGGCGAAAUCCGAUGGCGGUGGCGUGGGGGUGGGCUUCGCUCAGCUGCACAACCUGGACGAGGCGGUGGGCAGCGGCGGCGAGGAGGACGGGGAGCCCGGGGGAGGCGGCUGCGGCGGCGGCGGCGACGGCAGCGAGCCCGGCGAGAGCAGCUCGCUGCACAUCUGCCACUGCUGCAACACCUCCUCGUGCUACUGGGGCUGCCGCUCCGCCUGCCUGCGCUCCCUCCUGGGCAGGAAGCCGCGCCGCAGCGCCGCCGCCGACGGGGGGGACCAGCCGCUGCAGCCUCCCGCGGCCCCCGGCGCCGACCGCCAACCCCCGACGCCCUCGGCCGCGCGGCCGCAGCCGCCGCAGGUGGAGCGGCCGUGGCUCGACUGCCUGUGGAUCGUGUUGGCGCUGCUCGUGUUCUUCGGGGACGUGGGCACCGACCUGUGGCUGGCCCUCGACUACUACCGCAAGGGGGACUACGUCUACUUCGGGCUGACCCUCUUCUUCGUGCUGGUGCCGUCGCUGCUGGUGCAGAGCCUGAGCUUCCGCUGGUUCGUGCAGGACUACACGGGCGGCGGGCUGGGCGCCGUGGAGGGGCUCAGCAGCCGGGGCCCCCCCAUGAUGGGGGCCGGCUACGGCCACGGCGCAGCGGUCUCGGCCACGCCGGGGGCGCAGCGCCUGUGCCGCCUCUCCGUGUGGAUCUGGCAGUCGGUCAUCCACCUGCUGCAGAUGGGGCAGGUGUGGAGGUAUAUCCGCACCAUGUACCUGGGGAUUCAGAGCCAGCGGCGGAAGGAACACCAGCGACGCUUCUACUGGGCUAUGAUGUACGAAUAUGCAGACGUCAACAUGCUGCGCCUCCUGGAGACCUUCCUGGAGAGCGCGCCCCAACUGGUGCUACAGCUGUGCAUCAUGAUCCAGAAGAACAGCGCCGAGACCCUGCCCUGUGUCUCCUCUGUGACUUCCCUGAUGUCCCUGGCUUGGGUGCUAGCCUCCUAUCACAAGCUGCUGCGGGACUCCAGGGACGACAAGAAGAGCAUGAGCUACAGAGGGGCCCUCAUCCACCUCUUCUGGCGCCUCUUCACCAUCUCAUCCCGAGUGAUCUCUUUUGCCCUCUUUGCUUCCAUCUUCCAGCUCUAUUUUGGGAUCUUCGUGGUGGUUCACUGGUGCGCCAUGGCCUUCUGGAUCAUCCAUGGCGGAACAGACUUCUGCAUGUCCAAGUGGGAGGAGAUCCUCUUCAACAUGGUGGUAGGGAUUGUGUACAUUUUCUGCUGGUUUAACGUCAAGGAAGGGCGGACUCGAUAUCGAAUGUUUGCAUAUUAUACAAUAGUCCUGACCGAGAAUGCUGCCUUGACGUUCCUUUGGUAUUUUUAUAGAGACCCGGAGACCACUGACUCCUAUGCGGUGCCAGCACUGUGUUGUGUCUUUAUUAGCUUUGUGGCCGGGAUCGCACUGAUGCUCUUAUACUACGGUGUGCUGCAUCCCAUGGGGCCACGAGUUAAGAUCCUUGCCAGCUCCUGUUGUGCCGAGCUGCUCUGGGGCAUCCCUUUGCCCCCCGAUGUUGAGCCCAUGGCGCCUCAGACCCCUGGGUACCAGGGGACCCAGGUUACGCCCACCAGAGCCGUAACGGAACAACAGGAGGAUCUCACGGCUGACACUUGCUUGCCCGUUUUCCAAGUGAGACCCAUGGGGCCCCCUACCCCGUUGGGGCGUCCUUACCCCCCAGAAGGGCCCCUCAUUAAGAUUGACAUGCCAAGAAAGCGAUACCCAGCUUGGGAUGCUCAUUUUGUAGACAGAAGGCUAAGAAGGACUAUUAACAUUCUGCAGUAUGUCACCCCCACCGCUGUAGGCAUUCGAUAUCGAGACGGACCACUCCUCUAUGAGUUGCUACAGUAUGAGUCUUCACUCUAAGAGCAUCUUGACCCAAGUUGAGAAGGGGACCUUAAGUUUGGUUUGCGGUAAACACCGCUUGCAAGAAAUAUAACCCUCCCUUCCCCCAGUACACAGAACCACCACCACCACCACCACCACCACCACCGCCACACCAACACCACCACUACAAAAAAAAUUAAUAAGUCACAACCCCUUCAAAUAAGCUUUCUUUCCAGUCGCUGUAUGUAUACAAAGAUAUUCUCUAUGUUUUGUAAGUAAAAACAAGAAGAAAACCUUUCUUUUGUUUUUUACACAUAAGAAACAGUAUUGAAAAAUCCCACGCUAUGGUUCAUAGAGUGGAGAAGGAGGAGUUGUCUCCACUCCAAAAGAAAAAAAAAGUUUUUUACCUUACACCAAGUGUAGAUCAUUUAUGGGAUUGGUGCUGAUUGAAAGAACAAAACAAAACAAAACAAAAACACAAACAAACAGAAACCUUCAACUGCCUUAUGCCCUUAGGUGCUGAGUUUCAUUAAGUACUGUCACGUUUUCUCAUGCAGAACUCUCUGGUGAUUUUUGCACCACGAGAGGGAAAAUUAAACAAUUAAAUGAAACAAAUCUAAAAGCAUAACAAAAACCAACUAACAAAUACAACAUAAAGCAAUUACUCUUCCUAUCUGAUUAUUUGUAUUGAAGAAAACAAAUUUACCAAAAGCAAACACAUAAAACCCUCCCUCUUAUUCAGUUUCUCCCUCCUCUCCUGACCUCCCCACUUCGCAGAGCCUUCUAGGAGCUCAAGGGCUGUUUGAAACUCAAAUGGCUGGAGAAGCUACUUGAAGGCUGACUAUGUGCCAUUUUAACAUUUGCCUAGCAAGAAUCCAUUUGUUUCCAGUGAAAAGCAAACCAGAACAAAACAAAAAGCCACCCCAAUAAUUCGGUAAGGACAGGACAUUCUGAAGCCAAUCAAAGUAGAUUUCUAUAUACAUAAUCAGUAAUAAUAAAACUCAGCAUAGUAGCAAAAAGAACGACAUCAAUUUAAAGGCACAAUACCUAAUCAGUGACUGGCAACAACAAUGAGUUCCAUCAUUUUAAGGCUGUGAAUGGUAGACGUUUAUCACAUGUGAUAUUAUGUAAAAGCCUCUUCUGUUUCCAUUUGGUGGGAAGCCUUAAAUUGAUCUGGAAAGAAUUCUUCAUUUUUCAUUUGUGCUUUUUUUUAAAAAAAAAUAACACAAAGAGGAAAACUAGAACAUAUAUAUAUAUAUAUAUAUACAUAUAUAUAAAAAGUCAAAAUUGUAAUAACUGACCCAUUUCAAAGACUGUUUGGUGCUUCUGUCUUUCACCAUUGUAGUUGGCUGAAAAUCAUUCAGCUCACCUGGUGCAUCUGGGUUGAAUGGGAAAUUUUGUGUGUGUAGUAUGUGUGUGUUUGUGUGUGUGUGUGUGUGUGUGCCCAUAGCACACAUAUAUAUGUGUGUGUCCCUGCUGCGAGGUCUUGCCAGAGAUAUAAAACACUGAUGUAAGACGGACUUGGAUUAUGGCUUGGUUCAGCAGAGCAUGGGGGCGGGGUCUCUGGAGUUGUCGGGGGGAUGCCUCCUGCCCAUGAGCCCUGGUUUGGGUGGUGAGGCUGACACCAGCAGCGGACUCCAGGCCUUAGAGGCCAUGCUGUUUGGGUGAGGAUUCGAUUCGGCUGUUUGUUUUCUCAUUGUAUCAAGUUGAAUUUCUGCAGGUGUUGCAAGUAUGUUCAAUCAUUUUUAAAAGUUUUAUUUUUGAAAGUAUUGUUACUUUAAAGAAUAUUUGUGUUCUAGGGCAUCGUUACAAUCCCAUCGUGUCUCUACUUGGGCACAAAAAAAAAAAAAGGAAAAGAAAAAAAUCACAAAAAAGAUAUAUAUAUAAGUAUAUAUAUAUAUAGACUCACACACAAUAUUUUUAAGUAAAUACUGUUAGUCUUUGCUGUGUGUAGCUGCGAUUUUUCCCCCCAAAUAUAUCUGUUUAGGGUGCAACACCUCACAUUGAACUAUUCUUAACAGAUGUUCAAUAACUGAGGGAUUUUUUUUAAUGUUUGUGGAGUUAUUUUUAUUUUUAAACAAUUAUUAUUCAGUGAGGCUUCUCCUUCCCACCCCUUUCAUUGUUUAUCUAAAAGCUUUUUUUUUUUAAGAACAAGUUUCAAAUACCAGUUGUGAAACUGAAUGCUCUCUUCUUUGUCUGGACUUCUGGACUUCAUGCGUCCUUACUAAGCAUCGUGGUGUUGUCCUCUCCCAUCCCUGCCUCGGGGGUUCCCUCAGGCCUCCCUGGUGGGCAGGAGGAGAAGGAGCCCCCAUCUCUAGGAAGCAGGAAGAACAGAGCACACGCAGGCCAGGCGGCAGUGAAGACCAGCCAGGAGGAUCCAGCAUGCCCAUCAACGGGACCCCCACGUGGGCUCCUGGAGAGUUACUUGGGAAUUGGAAUCUAGUCAGAGGCUCUUUUCCGACUGCCUCGCAAGGGCUUGAUACCUGAGCUCCGUGGUGUACUCUGCUAGGCUGGGGAAGGUGAGGCCAUUGGAGGGCGGGGCAUCCGCUUUAGCUAGUGGGGUCCCACCUCUUGUCUGCCUUGGGUCUGGGGCUCUGUGCACCUGGAGCUGGCCCACACCUGUCGUUGGCGCAUCUUCUUUGAAAUGCUCUCAUGUCUCCUCGGGACGUCUGCCACUUCUGCUUGUGUUUCUGUUCUUGGAUUUCUUCCUUUCUUUUUGUUUCAGCACAGUCACAGGUUUUGAUUUGCCACAUCUCUUUCUCUCUUGCACACUUAGUGCAUGUGUGGGCAUCCUGCCAUGUUUACAUGAAACUUACAAAGAGAAUGGUGGAUGCUGAGCUGACCGUGAGCACCAGGAUUUGGGAUGGCAACUUCCAACUCAGGGAGGGCCUCCAGGGUCUUAGCUGCUAGGAAAAAAUGAGAGACCACAGGACAUUUCAGCAAUCUUCAUUUUCACACUUUGCUCUUGGAAAGGCAUCCUCGCCCCUCCCUGGAAUCCCUCCAUCAUGCCAGGGCUUUCUUUGCAAAGGAAAUGAAAAUAUGUAUCUGUGAGCAGCAGCAGGGAAAGGAAGGGAAAAAAGCAAGGAAAGUAGAGAGCAAGGCAGGGAAGGGGCAGGGGAGACCUGACAGCAAGGACCAGGCUGUCGCUGUGCUCUUACCAUCAUCCUCUAGCCGCUCCCCAUGUUCCCAGCCACUGUGAAACUCUCUGGCAUCAUCUCACCUGGGCUCUUCUCUUCCCCACAGGCCCUUUCCCUUCCAGUGGCUGGCCCUGGGCGUCAAGGCAGGAUUCCUACACACUGAGUGCUGAAACUGCCUGGUGACUAUGUCUCCAGACCCAGAUUACUUUGAUCCUGAAAGCCGGGAUACUUAAGGCUGCCCCAUGGCAGGGUCACUCUGUCCCACCCUCGGCAUCAGCAUUUAAUCUACCGUUUGUCUGAGUCCCUGACAACCCCUCAGGGCUGCUGCUUCAGCUGCUUCCCAGAGGAAUGACCGUGAUGUUUUUAGUUUUUUAAAAAAAUUUUAAGUCUCUGGGCCCAUUUCUUUCCCGGGACCCCCCUGAUAAAAAAUAAUCAAUUGCACUAUUUAGGCCUAGUAAGCACGUUGGUGCCCAGAGAUAGAGAAUACAAAAGCGAUCUCCUUUUCAAUCCCUAAUGACCCCGUAUCAAGUAUGUCCACUAAGCCCCACAUUUUACUCCUAUGACCACAUAGAACAUUUAGCUGUACUUUUUGUUCUCAGAAAUUUGGUAGUAUCGCCAAGCUAUGACUGAUGGUGUUAGAGUGUUUCUGCAAGCUCUGCUUCUCCCCUGCUCGGCAGGUCUGCCUCUUCUCCCAGCCUCUGUGAAAAAGAAAACUUCAGUCCCCUCAGAUGAUAUUGGGGUGAUGUCCCCUGAGCUCACGGCCUCAAACCUGUGACAUCCAGAUUGGGAGCUCCAUGUCUCUUAAGGCUAUAAUGAGGGGUACUGGGGAGGCUUCAGGCUAUCAGAUCAGCUCCCACUGGCCUCACUCACCCCAAAGCUUCCCGUGUCUCCAACGCUCUCCUGCACUCUGCCUCUGGAAGGUGUCACCUGGUUCUGCAGGGUCAGGCCUAUGCCAACAAGAUGGGUACCAGGAAUGAGAUGGGUAGGACACUCACCCAAGCAGAUCUGGGGCCAGAAUGAAAGAGGACCCAUCUCCCUUGCCCAGAUAUGUUGCCAUCAUAACACAGCCUUGGGCAGGGAAGAUGACAUUUCCCCAUGGCCUGGGGAUCCCCCACACCACACCUCCCCGGGUGCAGAAUCAUUCAAGACUUGAUGAUCCUCAUGUCCCCAACCCAGUCCCUCUGCAGCCGUUCCCCCCUGAGUCCCAGGACCCUGUCUGGCCCAUGGUCAUGAAGGUGAUUGUUCUUGCUGGGGGGUGUCUGACCCUGUCCAGAUAUAAACCUGAUUCUCAGAAAGAAGAAUUUACAGGUUUUUAAAAAGCACCAAAUUACAUCAUUUUCUCCUUUCUUCCUCCAGUUUUUCCCCCACUGCAGAGAGGGGCAGAAGAGGAGGUCUCUGAUGUGGAUCUGGUUUGAAACUGCACUGGGCGGGCCACAGCCUUGCUUCUUCCUGUACAUCUAAACAAGCCAGAUAGAGGAAACACCACCUACCUUCUCUCCAGUUGGUCUGCUGCUUGCUCAUGAGAGGGCUAGAACCAACCCCAAGCCUUGAUUCCCUCAGACCUUAGCACAGUUUCUUCUCUGCAUUAUCCAGGGAUAGAGCAAGAAGAGCACAACAGUGUGCAGGCUCAGAGCCUUUGGCUUGGAGCAAAGGAUAUCAGCUCCUAGAAGAGAAUGACGCAGGCCAUAUUCUCAUGCUCCUGGCUCACUCAGAUGAGCUGGGCUGGGGACUGUCACCUACAUUCGUUUGGCACAGAUGGUAGCAUUUUCUUUUCCAAGAAAAGUGGCUUCUUACUCAAAAUGAGCUCUUCCAGCCCUUGUAUGUCUGAUGACAGCUGCUCUGGAUGGUGGCUUCAUGAUUGAAGGAGGGGAAUCUCCUUGUGUACCCUUAAUUUGAUUUUCUUACCAAGAAGCUAAAAUCUAUUCUUUCUUUGCCAAACUGAAAAAUAUUAACACAACCAGAUUUGGUUGGGGAGGUUGAGAUUUAAAUUUGGAUAGUGUAAAAGGAAGAGAGCUCAUUGUAAUUAAUUUCACCAAGAUCCACAUGACACUCUCCAGUCAGGGAAAUCUGGAGGAGCUUAAGGUAGACCCGGGGAAAACCCUGCAGGAGUGAAAUGGAAGGAUCCAGAGAGGUGGGCUCACCCCAGGGACUGGACCAGUCUUACAGGGAGCAGUUCUAUUCAUUUCACUCCCAAAUAUCGAUUGGUCGCUAGACCCUGUUGGGCAGCCCUCCUCAUGGAGCACAACACAGUUACCCCUUAGGAAGUGAACGUAAAUCAAUAUUGGUUCCUCUUAUCAAGGUCCAGCUGAGAACGAGAUGAGCACAAUGGGAACUUCUUUAAGCUUCCGUCUCUUUCUCCUCAGCCCAAACUGGUCACUGUCUUAGAAGCAACAUUCCAUUCUCACCCAUGGUUCAACGUCCAGAACAUGGAAGCGGCAGGGGCCAGCCAAUCACAGGUUAUAAACCCAUGAGCUUGCAAGAGGAUUCCUUCCAGCAUCCUCAAUCAAUGUGUACCUUUCCCAAUUUCAAAACAUGUAAAAAGGUAAAAAGGCAACUCUACCCUCCCAGAGAUUUUUUUUCUACGCCUCUUCACUGGGAAAAAAGAUGAUGCUUAAUCUGAAUUCUUGCAGUGGCAACACAAGCCCCUUUCUCACACCCAUCCUUAGCUGUUCUAAACAUUUCACUUCUUGCUUAAACACUGUAUCUUGUGCUGUUGGCCAGCUAUCAAGAGACCAGGGUGCUGCCUUGAUCCUGCUGCAGCCUCCUUCCUUGGCUCGCCUUGUCCCGUCUGCCUUGUUCAGCUCUCCCUGGCACCAUCUGCUCCUUACUCCUGUGGCUUUUCUUGCACUGGCUGGCAGGCCAUAGCUGGUAUGUCUUGGAGCCAAAGGUCGUGAGUGCUAUUAAUGACAGGUCCCGAGGGCAGCAGACGGACCACCGUGGGAGUUCCCCCUGCUCUUGGCCAACACCUUGUGUUGAGGGCUAAGAAUAGACCGCGUCGGAAAUGAGCAGGCAGGACCUAGGGACAACUGCCCCAGGCUGCCCCAUCACAUGGAGAACAGUGCAUAGGUACCAGGAGGAGAUGCUGGCCUCGUCAAUCCCUAACAAAAAUCCCAAGACCCCAACUCCAAAAAAUCAUUCUCAAACCAACGAGGACAAAGAAAUAACUUCCCUUUAGUAUAGUGUCAACUGGUAACCCAGUGAACUUCCUUGAAUAUGCAACGUUUGACCAUCUGUCACGGCGGAUACAGACAGCCCAUUGUCUGUUACAUGAGCUCCCCUGGUCUGCUUGUCCAUCUUCAGCCUAGCACUGGGAUCCUCAGGCCAGAGUGGGCUCAGGAGAUUUGUUUUAGCUGCAGACUUCCUAGGGACUUUCCUUUAGACACAGAAAGAUCAGGAAGUGUCACAGGUUGAUUCAAGGUCCCCACUGUGAUCAUGGAUAACUCACUUUACCUCUCGGUGCCUUGGCUUCUCCAUCUGUAAAGUGGAGAGAAAGAAGGCCAAUCUCUUCCUUCUCUCCUGCUCAGGGAUGCUUGGAGGAUUCGUCAUUGUUGCCUGUAGCAAAGUCAUCCUAUGAGGAAAAGUGGUGACUUCAUUUUUUGGGAAAUGGAUCCACAGGAGGAGAGAGUGUUUUCCGGGUGCCAUGGCACCCAGAAGCCACAGGAUGAACAGGGAGCACAGCGGGACAGGGAGGAGUCUCACAUACUUGUAGUUCUUAGAGACUUCAUAGCACUGUGAACCCAGGUCAGUGGUACCCUGGUCAGGUGACCCCGGUCACCUAACUCAAGCCGGCCACUUGUAAUUCUAACACCAAAUCUCCCGACAUUAAUUCUUCCUGAAGUAUCAGAAAAUAUAUGGAAGGAUGCAUUUGAACACUGAUAUUCAUUGAGCUUUGAGCAGACAAGAGGAGUGAAUGGGGAGUAUUCGGAGACUGUUUUUAGGGUGGUUGCAAGCUCUUCAGGAAAUCUCUCACCUUUGUUCUUCUUUAUACUCUUGUAAUCUCGAUGCUCACCUCAUCAAAUGGACUCACCUUCUCUUUCCCUCUCUGCAGAGUACAGAAAAACACCACGUAUUUGAGUUUUGUUUUUUUUUUUUUUAAGCAAUUGCUCUAUCUGUCAAAAUGUGGGUCCCAAAUGUGGGUUUUCUUCCCUCCUUGGCGUGCUUUGAGCGAAACCUGCAGGCAAGGAUUCAGAGACAAGCAGGGCUGGAGAAUAGCACUAAUUUUUUUUUCUAAAUCCAGGUAUUCUUUUCUAAUUCGAAUUGGAAGUGUUACGUUGAAUUUCUUUUUCUUUCCUUUUUUUUUUUUUUUUUUCUUUUGAACUAUGGUUUGACUGUUAUCACUUCAACUACCAAGAUACACUCUGAGCAAGAACACAGACCGUCCUGAGAGCCUCCACUCUUCUCAGGACCCGGAGUGAGGGCAGGUGGGAGCCCAGGAGCCACUGGGGUUCCAGGAGGGCCAGCCAUGAGGCUGAUUUUCUAUCGGUUCUGAGAAUCUUCUUGGAAAGAAAAAUUCCAGAAGCUUCAGCUAUUCUGCAUCAGUCAACCUGGCUCUGGCCUUUUCCUUAAAGUUCAGGUGUAUUUUGCUAUAGAAAUUCCCACCCAGAAAAAAAGGCCAUCCUGGAACUGUCCCUAAAUGAGAUGGAGCUCGCACGAGCAGGUCUUGGUGGCUGCUGCCAACGCCUCCUGCUCGUUUCCAGUGGAGCCCUGACCAGAACUCCUUUCCCUCCUGCUCUGACCCUGCUCUCUGAGGUUAAUAUUAUUGUUUUGACAGCACAAGGGACAAGAUCAUAGUCUGGAAUUCAGGAGUGACUUGUGCUUGGCCAUGCAUCUGACUGUUCUAUGGCUAGGUCAAGUCCUGCUGGGAUGGUUUAUUUCCACAAGGUAUUUCUGAUAGUAACAGAAGGAGAGAAUGCAUGAGCCCUCAUACCCGAUUCUCCGUUCUCAUCAGCACCUGCUUUUGACUGGGAUGGAUGGUGAAUGAACUGUCCCAAAUUUGACUUUGAAGAUGGACACAUGGAGCCACGGGGAACAACAGGACUCAGUAGAUGGGCUGGAAGAAGGUGACGAAGAGGAAGGCUUCCUGAAGUAUGUGGGAGGAGAACAUGAGCGGCCAUCUAGUCACUCCUUCCUAUACUCUCUGGGGCAGAAAUAGAAAAACAUAUUCUUUUCAAACAGAGGAAAUUGAUUUUACGGAGUGACGUGCUUAAGCAUUUUUAAAAAAUAAAACAAAAGGGUCAGAGAAAACAUCUAAAAGGAGAGGCACAUUCUCAAGAACAGAUCAUGUUAUUGGAAGUAAAAAAUCCAGGACUUUAUCCUUCUACAGACCUAAGUCAAGUCACUCUUAGGGCCAAUUUCUCUUUCUGUAAAAUGGGAAGAAUAUUGUUUACCUACCUCACAGGGGUGUUGUGAGGAUUAAGUCAUCGGAGCAGGUGAAGCGCUUUGAAGAUCAGCGUAUCCUGGUGAUCAGGCUUGCUUCCUAUUUAAAAAUCUAAACACCGGUUAAGCACCUACGGUGUGCAAGGUGCAGUGGAGGAAGGGAACCUGAUCAGAUUCCUCCACUCUCUUUUGAUUAAUGGGUAUAUUUUUAAAAGAUUCCAAGAGGACAGAAUAACAGAGUUGUCUCAAUGUGGGUCAAGAAAGGUGUUCUCUGUCUUUCUGCCCCAGAAAAGCUACUCUCCUCUCCUCCAAUAUUUAGACAAGAAGGAAGGCCUUUACAUUCUUUGACUUCUAUCAGAGAAUGCUCUUGUGGAAAGCAAACACAUACUGGUUGUUCUACUUCCUUUGUGGGAAAAUGAAGGCAAAAAGCAGUGAUAAUUCCUUGUGACCAGCACAUAUGGUUCUGUUAUUUCCGUUUUUCCUUCUAGGCUCAGCUUCAGUUUUGCCAUAACCUUUUCUUCUGUCUUCAGACCCAGAGAACAAAUCACUUAUGCUGUCCUGGAAUAGCUGGGGAUUUGGGCUGGUUGGUUUCCUUGGAGAGUCUGGCACACUGUUGUUUGCUGGAAAGUCGUGGCUUCCAAAGACAAGGGUCUUUACUCGAAAACAAAUCAAAACAUGUGACUGCCAUAUAUAUAUAUAUAUAUAUUUUUUUUUUUUUUUUGGUGGGAGGAUUUUUCAGUUUCUUAGCUGCCUCACAUAAAGCAAAAUCUUUUAAAAUUUCUCAUUUAUUUUUCCAUGUGCAAAAAAUUCUUCCCUUCCCAAACACACUCAGUGAACCUAGUCUGGAUUCUAAACUGUAGCGCAUCUCAGAGGAUUCAAACGAUUUGUACAGUGCCAUGCUGGAGGUUCUCUAAUUUCUACAAAGAGCCAAACCACCUACUGAGCUAAGCAGGUUGGAAUUCCAGCCCCAAAUCGAAGCUUUCUGGAAAUGCUCCCAGAGCCUUUUAGCUUUAGGAGUGCCCUUUCAGUAUUGCUAGGGCAGUCUCCCCAAAUCCUCAGAAAUCUGCCUGCCACAGAACAUCCUCGGAAGCCAGUGGAGGCUUCCUCUGCAUAUCAGAACCAGAGAGAAGCCACUUGUAUUGUGAAAAGCAUUAUAUGAUGCCAGCCUUUAAGAAAAGAAGAGUUACUUUCUUUUCCUUUCAGAGGGAAAAAAGGAUGGAGAGAAAGGAAAGGUGAUUUGAUUUGAAAAUAGCUCUUUGGUUGCUAUAAGAGACGUGAGACUGAAGUCCACGGUGGCCUGUACCUUGGACAUGGGACGGCCAAGGCCCGUGGUGAGUUUCCUUAGGCAGCUGAGGUCGUACUGAGGCACCAUGCUCCUUUCCUUUCAACCAACUCCAGGCUAAAGGAAAGGGGGCUUCAGCUUUAGUGCUGCCAACUUGCCCAGGUCAUCCUGAGAGUCUCAGCCACGUCUCUGCCCCUUUCCAGCCUGUGUUCAGGAGGGGCCCCCGGUGUUGAUUCCAAAAGGCCUUCCUUCUUCGAGGCCCAUGCUUCCACGCACAUUGCUUCAGGUCAGAGCUAUCUGUCCAAAUGCAACCCCUGCAGCCUUUUCACUUGCCUUGACACCGCUGCUACUGCAUGCUUCCCCAAAUACGCCCCCGCCCCUGCAGGAGCUGUCAUUUCACCCCCACUGAGACAGGGCCUCCAGCACUGCAGUGGGCCCAGCCUGCCUAAAGCCCAGGACAGGCUCUGCUUCUCCCUUUUUUAAAAUCCAUGUGCCUUUAAAAGGCGUGGCCCUGGGUCCUAGUUGAGCCUUGACAGAAGUGGAGGGCUGGAGAGAGGAACAGGUGAUGUUACUUAGGCAGUUAGGACACUCACUGAUAACCUGUGAAGCCAAUGUGGGCCACUAAGUGAAAAUGCUGUUGUCACAGCGGCUGGGCUGUCUAGGGCAUUCUAUCUUCAAAAUAACAACAGCAGUCCUUGCGACGUGGUUGCUCACAUCUCCCCCUGCUAACUGCUAACCUCUUGCCACCUGCUUAUUGAUGGCUUUGUUUGUAUUUGUUUGAAAUUACAUUGAUUUUUAAAUGCCAGAGAGAGAGAGCCAGCUGAAAGCCACAUGAACUCUGAGAUGAUCUGAGAUUAUGAAAUUACCGGGAAUUAUGCAGAACAGAGAGCUGCAUGAUCGUAUAACCACAUUCAAAGCUUAUUGAUCCAUCGAGAUAUGUAAAUGUGCCAGUCUUGGGCAUAUUAGAUGUAUAUAUACGUAUGUAUCUGUUUCUUAAAGGGCUGAACCAGUUUAAUGAAACAGAAUAUUCUAAUGUUUAGGGCUCUUGCCGGACUUGAAAUUGACCUAGCCUAGAUGGCUUUUUCCUUCUCCCAGGCACAGGGUCAUGAAGAAACCACCCGAGCUGGUGUUUGCCUUCAUUUCCUUCAUGAGUGACAGAAAGCCAAUAGCAGGGUUCUCCUGGGACUGGAGAGGUUCUUUAGUUGCUGCCAGUGUUCUCAGUAGAUUCACAGCACAACCUGGGAGCCCCAGGAAGCUUCUUUCUAAACAACUCCCUGCAAGUUCUGGAAUUUAAAUCAUACCAGGUACAUCUGAUUCUUUAGUGCAGCAGCUGCCACAGUGGGGAAAGAGAGGGGAGUGUGCUGUGGACAGGGAAGCUUGGACGUUACCACUCUGAGCCUGGCCAAUGGUAGAUGAUCUUUGGCUGCCAGGAUCUCUGGCCAGUGACAACCAAACCUGCUCUGUCCAGCUCCCCUACACCAACAAUCUCUGCAGACAAGGUCGAGGCUGGCCCCAUGAAGCGAUGAGGACUUGGAGAAGGUGUCUCCCCUGCCUAAAUACGAAGUCCUCCUGGCAUCUCUAGUAGCCAGGAGACACUGCAGGGCAACUGCUUUGCGGGAGGCAGAACGCAUGUUUAGGCAGGACUGCAUACCUCCCCACAGCAGCGGUGGUGAUGACAAGUCUGAGGUCUUUCAGACAGACUUCAGCAGAAACCCAGGUGCCCACAGUAUGAAAAGCCACCCAGAGCCCCUUCUGCCCUUGGACAGAAUUGGCAUAACCGGAGAGACAUGAUACCUGGUCAUGUGGGAAAAGAGCGCUUAGGUGAGCUGAAGGAAGCAGGUGCUCCUGAAGCAGGGUGUGCUGAACCCUAAGGUUCUUUCUGGAGCAGAGUCCGGUUCUGAUCCUCCUCCUUUGGCUGGAGGAGCACGGGAGGCUACCUGCAGUGUUGGGAUCUGUGGUCUCUGGAUGUUUCUGAUUCAGGCAGAGGCUUUGUAAGAGUCCACCUGGAAGACCUGGUAUCAGGUGUGAGGCAAUCACAGGGUCUGUCCCAGCCCGAAGAAACCCUUUCAAGCCCACAUCCCCAGAGGUAGCUUUGGGUCCUGUCCUCUAAACUGUCAUGUGUGCACAGCCUGUGUCUCCUGACACCCAGGGUGUGGCAUGUGGCCAGUGGCUGCAGAUGGUCAUGCCAGCACCAACCACCCAGUCUCCCCCCUCCACUGCCUCUUCUUCCCCUGGCAUGGUAGCCCCGGUCAUGAGAGCAGCAGACUGACUCUGCUUCCCCUACAUUCCAGCUUCCACAACCCCCUAUCUCCAGCCCAAUCUCUAGUGUACAAAAUUUUCAUUAUCUUUUUCCUCCCAUGGACCCUUUUGUGCCAAGACAUGUUUUUAAGAAACUUUUUUGUUUUUUGUUUUUCUGGUGUCACAGAAAAUUGGCUUCUUGGGGUAGGAAAAAAAAAAUCUGAAGAGGACAUGGGAAGAUGACAGUCCCAUCCUGGAAGGUUGAUCGUGCCACUCUGCCUUCUAUAUGGUGGUUUUCUUUUACUUUAAAAAAAAUUACACAUUUGUUGCAGAAAAAAGUUGGGGGCUUAGGGAGUGAAGAAAGAAGGAAAGAAGGAAGCGAGGAAAGAGAGAAGAGGAAGAAGGAAAGGAGCCCCUUGAGUGUCACCGUCAUCUCCUAAUGUCUGGGGCUGCCACAGUGGUUUGCUGUUCCAAGCAAAUCCAUUUUUCUUCCUGUAGCUGGGCUGAGCUUUCCAGCACUUUCUGGCUCUGUGUGUGCCUGAGAACAGGCCACGGGAUGCUGGCUCUGGCCUCACUGACUUUGCCCCGCAGGGUUUUCUUGGGCUUCUCUUGUGCCUGGUCACGGGCUGUCUCAGCCCCUCCACCUGCUGCAGGGAGGCAGCCAGCGGAGGCCAGGAGGCUGGAAUCGAAUCUCUCUUCUCAUAACAACGGUGAUUUUCUUGCAUUUGCUUAGCUUUUCUUGGAUACUUUUCCCCCAGGAAGCGUUCCCAUGUUCACUCCAUAAGGUUGAAGAUGCUGCUAACUGAUGCUCUCCAAAGCAAAACUAGUUGAACUUCUCAGGUCAUUCAAAGCCUUGAGUAUAUACAAUUUGUGAUUUUCCCUAAAGGGCUAACAAAAUAUUCUCACUGCUCCUGUCUACCCUGAAUGUUGGCUGGCUGACAAACAGGUUGGUGUGCGUGUAGUUUUGGGUUUUCAGGAAACAGAGUCCUAACUACCAUUACUUUUGAGAUUUCAAAUAUUUACCCCCCCCACCACCACUGAACCUGUGAUUGAGCAAGCAUGCAUAUAUAAAAGGAAAGUUUGAGGACUUGGCAACUCCAAGCUAAUAGCAGGUGCCACGUUUCCUCUUCCGGUUUCACUAGGACAGGAAGUGUGCUCACUGCGUGAAGUUUUAGUCACUGUGUGAAACUCACCUUCUCCAGCUGGGAUUCUUUUCCUUCUUCCAUUUGCCUUCAUGGCAUCCAGUCCUCAUGGUUAGUUCUUACAUCCUGAGAAGAGCUGAGUGAAUAGACUAUAGCUUCCAAAGCUCAUACCAUGUCUUCCUUUACUCUGGAGUUUGCUGGUAUUAAAAAUAGUCUAUAGUGAACUAUAGGCUAAGGAGAAAGCAUGUGACCUGGGCCUUCCUAGAUGAAGGUUCAUGACCCCCUCCUGUUACCCAAAGUCUCAACCUAAAGGAAUAGAAAUGAGCUGAUUUCUUGCCCUCAUCUCUGUGGGGAAGAUCUCUGUGGAAGUGAUGUAGUCAAAGCUUUGGGGGAGGGCUAGGAAGUAAUCUUGCCCUUGAUCACCCUCAAACUACACAGGUAUUGCUUAUUGACACCUGUGUGACGGGUCACAGAGAGCCCUUAUGCAUAUGAUUGAUGACAUGCUACAUAACUAAUGCUCUGUUUGGAUGGGGAAAGAAGCCCUUAUUCUUAAUUAAUUUAACUGAGCACCUAUUAAAUGCAAAACAUAGUCUUUGCCCACGGAUAAAGUCAAAGGGGAGGGAAAAUACUGAAUGAAAAUUCCCAAGGUGUAAAUGCUAAGAGCAAAAUCUUCACCUCUCACUCCUAGCAGCUCAGAAUGCUGUUUGCCAUUUAGACUUCACCUAGUACAGUUGCUGGACCAGUUCUUGGAGUACCAAGAACCUUAUGUAAGUGGAAAGGCAGAGGCAUGGAAGACAGCAAAAUGGGCAGAAACCACUGUUCUAGAACCACAGGCAGAGACUCCCAGAUACUCUAGUCUGUUAUUGUAGGAGGUGUGUAGUGGAAAAUAGCCUAAUAGGAGACCCAGGGGAAGGGAGGUGGUGAAGAGGUGGCUUUUCUGUUCCCAUGAAGGAGCUAGAGAAGCCUCCUUGCAAAUGGAGAACUCUUCUGGUGGAAGUCUUUUGUUUGGCCCUGUUUUCCAUGCACCAAAAGUAGUCUUGGGUAAAUCACUGAGACUGUUGAAAGGUGAUAGGAAUCAUUCCUUUUCCUCAUACUGAACUUGGGAGCAUCACUUUUAGUAUAGACAAGCAUCAGAAUUUGAAAAACAAUUUUAGCUACAACCUCCAGCUCAAAGAAAUAAGUAUAUCACAGAGGCUAUGGGGUGGGACCCUGCCCCACCUGAUAAGUAGCCUCUUGUCUUUGGGAGAAGCAUUGGUCCACGUUUGGGAAGAAAGGCCCCAGCACAGGGAGACAUUUUGAUCCUAACAGCAGGUCUCCCUAUCUUGUCACCACUAGCUUGGACAGUAGAAAGUAAGUACUGGGAUGCUGCAGGUCACACCAGCAUGGCCAGUUGACCUCCCUUGUCCAACCCAGACCUAGAGUCAGGAAGGACAAUGGCUGUAGAGAACACUGUGGCCCUGUAUCCCCCACACCAUGUUCAGAUCUUCCUGCCACAGAUACAGGUUCCCCAUUGCCAUGUGGGAUGUGGCUCCCUGCCUGGAAGGAGAACCUAGGAAGGAGUAUUUCAAGGCUGGCAAGUAUGCUAAUAAAAAUUAAAAUGCCGUUUAAUAUCCACUCUGCAGUACUCCACUGCCUCCUCUCCUUUUCCAGUUCAUCAGUGGCACAUUUAACUCUUGGUGCUCCAGAUGGCCGAGGACUUCCAUUUUCUCAGCCAGACUAUGAGGAUGGAGUGAUGUUGACUCAGAGUCAACACCCAUGGUUCUCAGCUAUGUGGACAGAUGUGGACAUCUGUCUGUCCUCACUAAUCUAGACCUGGUGCUAUUUGUGGCAAACUGUGCCUAUGGAUGUAAUUUCUUUCAUUUUCUUUCUUUCUUUUUAAUGCUUUGCAACUGAGUAAUUAUGCUAGAAAGAUUUCCAUGUAGGGCUUUCCUCAGCACAAGACUUUUGUCCUUUUUUUUAAAAACUUUUUUAGGAGGGCUGGGUUUUCAGUGUCUGAGACCCCUCAUUUUUUUUUUUAAAUGAAACUUUUUUCUUUUCUAUUAGCCAAAAAAAAUCACAUUAAAAGAACAAUGUCAUGCUCUUUCUUCCCUCUCUCCCUGCUGAGUUGGAAGGGACAGAUGCACAUGGGCUGGGAGCUUUUGAAUCAAUUGCUCAAAAGACUUUUCUGUUCCCCCACCAUGGCGAGGUCAGGGCAGUGACAACAAUUUAACUUCUCGAACCUUGUGGUGCCUUUUCUCGUGGUGCUUCUCUGUUGUGUAACUCCACUCAAGGCGGCCACUUGCAGCAAACAGCAAUGCCAGCAAUUGGUAUUACGUGCCAGUGCAGUAAAAGACUUUAAUGUAUAAAUAUAUACAUAGAUAUAGGUAUAGAUAUAUCACUAUAGUUAUAUAACUAUAUAAUUGAGGUUCUGAUGCAGCUUUGGUGGGAGUUGAUUAUUCCUCUGCAAAAAUAUAUACUACUCAACUGGAACUAAUGGCUGUCUUGAGGAUAUUGACAUUUGGAAAGGGCACCAACAGAUGAGAUGGGUUACUCUCCUGUGACAAGUUUUCUUCUUCAUUCUUGUGAAAGUUGCUGUCUCCAUAACACAGAAUAUUUGCUAAGGGAGCAAAGUGCAGCUUCUUUUGAACUUCCUUUGGUGCUGAUAUAUAUUUAUUUUAAUUCUUUGUUUGUUUUGCUUCCCCAUUAGUGGUCCAUAAGCUGCUUUUUCCAAAAUCUUGACUCAGCAAUCAAAGGUGGCAGGGGACAGUUUGGGAAUAAGAGGCUGGAAGUUGGGCAUCCCUCACUUCAUGUCCUGACUCAGUUUCCCCUGUGACCUGCCUAAGUCCCACACAUGGGUUCUCUAUCUACAAUGAGAAUCAUAAAAUUUCCUUACCUCAUGGGGAAGAGUAACUUAAAAGGAUUAAUUGAUGAUACUGAAUCACUAGAUCAUUAUUAAUUUGGAGACAGCAACUUGACAUGUUUUUAAGAACUUGUUUAUAUGUUGCUAAGACUUAAAUUUGGGGGUUUUGUUUUGUUCUCUCAUUUCUCCAUCUCUGCUAUGUUUUCUGUCCUGCCUUUGGCAAUACCUUAAACAUUCUGUAACUGAUGGAGAUUCACCUAGGGCGUUGGGUAGUGCUCAUUUCUCCUGAGGGAACAACAUCACUAACACUGUAUAAGGUGCUAGAAUCAAACCUCAUUUUAUAUACUUUGGUUCUUAAAGAAAAACUAAACAUGCAGAAUUCUUUCUGUGAAGCCUUACUAUAGAUUGCUAUAGCCAAUUGUUUAUCCAAAAAGUGAGACAGAGAGAAUAGAAAAUAAAGAUAAGAUGCAGAGAUUCUGUAUAGUGUAAUGAAAAGACCUUUGCUAUUUCUUAUAUUAAUGUAAACUAUCAUAUAUAUAUAUUUAUAUACAUAUAUAUAUAUGCUUGAGGCAGAUAGAAUGGAAAAAUGUACAGUAUGCUCAUCUUUAUUUUGUCAGUUCAUUCACAACUUUUAGUAUACACGCAAGAGAGGUUUACAUUGGGUAUGGGAUAAAGGAUGCCCAGUGAGAUAUGGGAAAUUAUUCAUCUUUCGGUUCUGUUCCACAUGUUAUUAGAAAGAGUAGGCUGAAUGUAAGGAAAGGGGAAUCAGUCAAAACGUAGAUGUGCUUUUUUAAAUGUUCUGAGCAUCGAUGUUAUGCUUUUGUGUCAUUUCUUCUUUCUUCCAAGGUGUCUCUACAGCGCUGUAAAAAUAUCCCCUGUCUAGGGCGUUAACCAAUGUUUACCUCAAGAAAGCUUAAAAAAAAAAAAAAAAAAGAAGCAGUUGUUUUUCCCAUCUCUUAAAAACUAGUGUCCCCCUAACCAAAAUGUGAGGCAUUUCCACAGAAGUUCAGCAAGAGAAGAGAACCAUUUCUGAGACUUUCCUUCAUGUCCCCUUCCUUUUCCACCAUACCCUACCCACUUUAGUUACUAAUGAAAGAAUACAAGAGAUGAGUUUUGACCAGAAGUGGGUUAGGAUUUGAUUAAAGUGUAUUACUGGUGAAUAUAAACUUCACCAGGACUAGCGGCGCAGGGUCCUUUCAAAGGAUGGCUGCUUACUUCAGAUGUUUCGUGCUAGCGUGUGUGUGUGUGUGUGUGUGUGUGUGUGUGUACUGUAUAUAUGUUUCAGUGUAUGAAAUGUCUGGUGGACAGAGAACAAAAUACUGCAAACAGAAAUGAACAGGAAUAAAUAUAUAUCAGAUGCUAUUUCAUCAGAUGAUGCACUUGUUCACCUUGAUGAGAAGCCACUGUUUCACAACUAUGCAAUCUUCCCGUUUUUCUCCCCACCUUCACCUUAGAUUUCCAAAUUGUUUUCCAUAACUCUCACAGAUUUUUUCCUUUGUACAAGACUCCAGUAUCCAAUCCCUGGUUCAAGGUGAGCAUGCUACAGUGAUUCUUUUCCUAAAUUUAAGAGCUAAAGAAAAAAAUUCCUUUUCUUUAAUUGGAAAUGAUUCAAUGUAACCUCGUUUGGUUCUGUAAGUGAACUGAUGUGUAUUUUGUUUCGGUUACAUGUUUACAACUUGUUUUCAUCCUCUUCUUGGUUCGAAAUAUUUAUUUUCUUUAUGGAUUCUACUUUUUAUAUAUGUUUUGGGGAUGUGCUGACUUAAGGCAAGAAAAAAUUUGGCUUAAGUGGAAAAAUGAGCAUGUGACCUCUGGGGUCGGGAGAGGGGAGAUCAUGUGUACCUGCAGCUGGAUUAGUACCUACAUCAUGGUCCGGAGUCAAGACCAUGGCAGGGAAUCUGGUGGACUCUGGGGAGGAUCUGACCUGGUGUUUUUCUUUCUUUAUUUGUGGUCAUCUCUACGGAGUAACCUGUCCCCAGAGGGUGGACUAGUAUUUUCUGCCUUAGCUUUAGGCCAACUGUGUCCUUCCCAGCUACUCUACCCAGUGCCAAAUCCCAUGUCCCUGCUGUUGCACCGUGGACUCUUAAUACCUUUCCUUCCCUGUCAGCCACUGAUGACAACUUGCCCAAGUGGGGUUAAUGCAUCUACUUUCAUUUCAGAAGUUAGAUAUAAAGGGAAUCUUUGAGAGCCCAAUGUCAAAAGCGCUCAGGAAAUUGGCCCUAGACUGCGUGCCAUUUGGAAGCAUUUGAAAUUGACUCAUAGUUGCAGAGGAGAGCAGCAGGUUCUCACCCAUUUACAAACUACCAUCAAGACAGUUCAGCUAAGAAAGGCUUUGAGAGGUUUAAAAAAAAAUAGUUGAAAGAAGAGAGGUCACAGGGUUACACAAAGCACAAACUCUGCAGGGGAAGCCCUGUAUGCAGAAGGCAGCUUUGUAACUUCUCUAGUUGUCUGCACAAGUCUGAGUUUUGCACACAGUUUACAAAUCUUGCACAAGGUGGCUGAGCCAUCCAAGACAGUUUUUAAAAGAGAAAUCCAGACACUGCCUAACUGCUCCAGCACAACAUGCUUCCACUCCUCAGCUGGUGGGAGCUGAGGUGAAAUUCCUUUGGAAUGAGGAAGGAAGGGGGUCCUUUGAUGAGGUGCUUUGCCUCUAGGGGCCUCAUUCCUUGCCUCUCCCAGUCCUGCACAUUCUCGUAGCUACUCAGGGGAUCUGAACGAAGAGCUAUUCAUUUGCUUUUGUCUUGUUCUGUAGAUCACGCCUGCUGAGACCCAUCCCAGGAAUUACUCAUUCUUUGGUUUUCUUCCUUAUAUAUAAUAGGAACAAGGGUUCCUCUUUUCCUGCGAGUAUUUUGGAGACCUUCAGCAUUUUCCUGGGGCCUAGCUCUGCAUAACCAGACCCCAAGAAGCUUACCCAAAUCUAACUUGUCUUUAAGGCUCAGAAAUUCCAUAGGAGAUCUGUUCCAGGACACCAUGAAAUUUCCCAACUCCUGGCCCUCCCUAAAAAUCAGCUGUAGAUUCAAAGGGACCUCUUGAAGGUUGCCAGGGUCUGGGACUAUGACCCUAGUUCCCUCUAGCCUGCCCUAUCAGCACUCAGCCUUCCAGGUCUUCACCCACCUUGGGCAGAGUAAAGAGUGGCCAAAGGUUAGAAGUGGUCGAGAUCCCUCACUCCUUGCUUGCCCAGGGCCAAGUCAGAGUGCCCAACACCCAUUUGGGGACCUCUCUGGGAAGGGACAUGCCCUCCUCUGCAGUCUGCAGCAUUGUUGAGUUUCUGCCCAAAUCUAGACACUGUCCGGAAGCCUGACAGUUCAUUCCCAGCACAUAGAGCCUUUGCUGGAAAAAUAUUCCCUGUCAGAGUGGAUAACUGUGGCCUUGUGUUAUGUAGGUUCUUGCCAUCGAGUCGGCCUUGAUAUCCUGCAUGGCCCGUGGAUGUACAGUCCUGAAUACCAGGCCAGAGAGGUCAUGGAUGGCCCAGAGCCCUGCCGGGCUGGCUGCUUCUGAAUAAGGAAUCUGGUCAGAGAUGUUGUGCUUCUCCUGAUGGGAGUAGAAGACAGUUCCAUUAGAGGAAAGAAGCAUUUAGAAUUACUGGAGUCUCAGGAAUGUCAUGUGUCAGAUCAAAUCCAGUGUGGUCUGAGCAGGUGACAUCAGUGAUGCAGAGGCCUUUUGGGGAGGAUGAGAGGACUCAGAUUCCACUGACAGUAACCAAGGGCCACAGAUGUGUCACGCUCUGCGCCCAGUGCCUCCAUAUAAAACAUCUCCUCUAAAUCCUGGGGAUCAUUUGGUGAGGUGCGAUAUCGCACCCCAUUAUACAAAUGAGGAAACUGAUGUUCAGGGCGUCCUCACACUUGCAUAGGGUCCCAUGGUCAGUCAGGGGUUCGGCUGGGGGCAGACCUCGGUAUCUCAGUUCUGCUCCAUCCCUAGUGGUUCUGCUGCUCUUCCAGGUGGACUCCACCUCCUCCACCUCCCCACGGCUCACAAACCCCAGGGAGCUCACAGUGCCUGGCGGGGAAUGUUUGGGAUGAAAGCCAGGAAGCCCCAGCAUUUUUGUUUGCAUUCAGUUGGCCAGAGCAGCUAGGAGAAGGAUGGCUAAAGUUCAGGGAUGAUUAAUGAAUUAAGGUGUCACCAUGGAAGAAGAUGCCUGCUUUCCAGAGGUCACCCUGAGUUACCUCUUCAGUUAUGUUCCGGAGGAGCUCUGUGGACUAGUCUUCCCAGAAGCACUUCAAGGUGUCUGCUUUGCUUGUCUUGAGAACGUUCGUGUCUCUCUGUCUUGUUUUAUUUUUGUUCUCCAUGACCUUGAGAGAUGACUUUCAGAUAAAUGGAUUAUUUCCCUAAGGAUACAGAGGGGAUGAGAAGUUAGAGUUAGAACAAAUUAAGAAAUUGAAGCUUCACAGGGUCAGUUCUGAGUUUUUUGCAGACAGUGGCUGUGACUCAGCAGUGAGAAGGAGCAGUCCAGAAGGGACCCUGUGCUGGGCUGGGGAGGAGGCAGGCUAAGGUUGGGGAUGACCAUGCCAGGGCUUGGUAACUGGUGUUUGCUCCUGUCCUCACUGCUCCUGGGCUGGCCAUUGCUUUCCAUGAGCCCCACUAUCCCCAUCUCUAAAAUGCAGAGGCGAGCUUGGUAACCUCUGUGAUUGAUUCAAACGAGAAAGAUACUGAAACAGUGAGCCAGGCAAAUGCAUUAGAUGAAAUUUCUGGAAUGAUGAAUGGACACCUUUGGAUUUGGGAACAGAAAUCACUAUAGACCCUAAGUCAACGAAUGCAAAUACCAGCAUCAAACUAGCAGGCUGAAGACAGUGAUUUUCACUUUCAUGUGAACUGAUUUAAAACAAUAGAAAUGAGAGAAGAUGCCAGCUGCAGUGGUUCACACCUGUAAUCCCAACACUUUGGGAGGCCGAGGUGGGUGGAUCACCUGAGAUCAGAAGUUUGAGACCAGCCUGGCCAACAUGGUGAAUCUCUGUCCCUACUAAAAAUACAAAAAUUAGCCAGGUGUGGUGGCAGGCAUCUAUAAUCUCAGCUACUCGGGAGGCUGAGGCAGGAGAAUUGCUUGAACCCGGGAGGUGGAGAUUGCAGUGAGCAGAGGUCACACCACUACACUCCAGUAUGGGUGAUUGAGCAAGACUCCAUCUCAAAAAAAGAAAAAAGAGAGAAAGAGAGAGAAGCACAAGGGAAAUAGUGGUGGGGAGAAGAGCAGAAAUGGGCAGGAAGAAAGGGAGAUUAAAGAGAUUGGUGGGAGGGAAGGAAUGGUGAGACUGCCAUGUUCUUCCUCUACCAGCAGUCUCAUGUUUUAUGUUUGUUCACAAUUACAUCAGCUUAAUGGCUACCGAGCACCCUCUAAGUGAGGACGUGCACAUACACACAUACUACACACAGACACAUUCCACACUAUACGUACUACACACACACACACACACUAUACAUACUACACACACACACACACACACACACACACACACACACACACACAUGUUAUUCUAAUCCUGCCAAUGUCCAGUGGUUACCUAGGGGGAAAACCCCUCAGUCCUUGAGCAUAGCUGGGGCUUCUUCAGAGCACAAGGAACAGUGGAAUCUCAGGGUUUGAAGGAGACUCAGACACCACCUAAUUUGCUCUUCCACACAGUCGCUGACAAAAGGCUAUCACACUGACUGUUACAGGCCUCCAGGGACAGAGGCUCCUCGCCUCCAGGAUUGAGUACCUUGUAGCUGGACAGUCUUCGCUUUAACUAGCCUACUGCGGCCUGUUGUGAUCCAGACUGGUUUCUUUUGCUUUGGGCUUCCAAGGGGACGGAGUCCCUGCAUCUGGAUUAAUGAGCUCUGGGACACUUGGAAGUGCCCUUGGCCUUGUCUUGCCCAGGACCUCCUCCUGAAUGCAAGAGUAGAAAUUGUACCUCACCUUGUCUUUGCCUUCUGAAGGCAAUCCUCCUGCCAACCUCACAGCCCAGCCACACUGGAAGCAGCUGCCCAUCUUUGUUGUGUCCUGUUAUUACAAAGACUCAGAUGAACUGUUUCUUGUUCCUUUCCAUUUAUCGGGUCCAGUGUUUUGUGUUCAAAAUUCAAAUGUAAGUCUUGAUUUGAAAUGGAUUGAGGAAGGCAGAAGGAGGCCCCUGGGUUUUGCCGGAAAGGGGAAUAUGUAUUCAUAGGGUCUUCAAGGACCUCAGAACACUGCUGGUACCUUUCCCUCUUCCCCAAACCAAUCCCCUGUUGCAUUUCCCAAAAACCCAGUGCAACCUGGAUGAUGGCCUCCACACAGCAGGAGCUCUGCUUUACACUGGGAAGACAAAGAGGAAAGACUGUCUUGUAAAGCACUCACAGUCCAGCAGGGAGACAAAGCAGAAACCUAUGGGACACUACCAUCUGGCUUCUGGGAGGACAGGGUGGUCCUGCACAGCAGGGCUAACUUCAUGCCUUCCAUGCAUAUGGCUUCUCAUCGAGGGCUUCUCUGAUCAGUUCCCUCUUCGAAUCUACCAUCAUCCCCAAAUGAACCAGGCAUUCCAGUAGGACCCCUCAGUCUUCCCCCUAACCCAAGGCUAAACUGGGCUGCAGCUAUUCCCAGUUAUUUCUCAUCAGAGCAAAUCCCACCAAAAGCAGGAUCAUGUCCAGCGUAAAAAUAACCACUAAACAAUCCAAGGAGCUUCAUUCAGUUCAGCCUUUAGCCCUACAGACGCCUCUGAGCCCUGUAUCUUCCACAUUUUCUCCAGAGUCUCUAGAGCCUUCUAGUCACGUCCAACCAACCCAAAAGUUACUCCUUGGCUUUCUUGCUCAGGUCCCUUCGUUCCCUUUUUGCCACCCUACUGAUCUGAGCUGACCCGUCCAUGGUUGGUGGUUUCAUGACUCUGUUGACCGAGUCACCGCCUCAACCAGCCAAAGUCCACGUCUGCUUUCUCCCACCACCCCCCCAUCUUCCUUCCAUCCAGGACAGAAAUAUGAGGACAAAGUGGUCCCUGCAGUAGCUAUCACUGCCUGACAGAGCAUUUUAUAGUAAAAAUAUGUUUACAGUUAAGAUCAAGGCUGAUGGAGGCCUUCUUGGUGGCCUGUUGAGCUCUCCAUUGGAAGAGUUGUUCUUGGAAAUGAGAAGGAGAAAGGGAUCAUCUCAAUGUCCCCAUCUGGUAGAUCUUGCUUCAACGACUAUGAGUGCAGAUGACCCAAAAGAGGAAAAGCUGGGCCAGACGCAUCACAGCCAAAUUGAUUUCCAGCCAACAGGUGCCAAGGGUGCUCAAAGUGGUCCCCAACACAGUGGCUGCAGAAGUGAGGGCUGACUCUAGGGAACAUGAAGAAACCCUGACUCCCUUACUAUUGAUGCUGGGCUGCUGAGCUCACAAGGUGCUCCAACCUCACCUGGCAAGAAUACAUAGAACAACCCUAUGGGAUGGGUUACUCCUAACUAGAUAUAUUUAAAUUAUUUAUUUUUUUUGUGGGCACAAAAAGCAAAAACAAAACUUUCUUAAUUUCACCAGGGUUUGCAAUUGAACACAUCUGAUUCCCUGACUUAAAAAAUAAUAUAUAUAUAUAUAUUUUUUUUUUCAUUUUGGAGCAGGUUUGUUUUUAAAUGGGGCUUAUUUUUUGGAUUUGAGAUCACUGGGCUUCUUGCCUUGUGAAUCAAUGCUUGCUGCUGUAUUGAAAAAUGCAUACACCGGUGACCGCAGUAUGAAGCCAAAUUUUAAAUCUUAGUCUCCUCCAUCUGUAAGUGUUAUGUAUCUACCUCAUUAUGAUUUUUUUGGUUUCCUGUGCUUUCGUGUUGUGUACAAUGUCAGAGGUGAAAUGUAGAUAAAAAUAUAUAUAUAUAAAUAUAUAUUUUUUGCUUUGCAAUAAAGUUCAAAGCUAUAACACAGAAUAUUCCUGAAAUAUCAUAGCCUUUUACUGUGCUCUAUCUCCUCAGUUGUGAAUUGUCUCGGGAAACUUUUUGCCUAUUCACGAGAGUCAAUAUUGUUGUGUUUGUCAUUUGAUGAAUUAUUCUAAUUAUUUUAACUGUACUUUUUGACACAUUGAAUAAGACACUAGGAUUCUUGAACUACUCUUGGUUUCAAAGGUGCUUUACUUCUGUGGACUCAAGUGAUCAAAUGGAAGGGAAGUAUCUCUGCAGACUUGAAUCUUCCAGAAAAAAAUAUGGAUCUCAAUGCCAUUGGGCUUUGGGUUUAGAACAAAAGGUUCGUGCGUAGGGGGAAAAAGGAAACAUUGGUUUGGCUUUGACUUCUUGACGCUUUUGGUAUUUAUUUAUGUCCAACUUUACUUCUUUUUUAAAUUUCAAUUUCUUGGCAUGAAAUAUGGUAUUCAUUGACUCCCUGGCAUUCUUGUGUGAUUUGGCUGCUUUUGACUUUUUGACUCCACCAUUUUCCCUAGGUUGAUUUUAUGUGUUGUGCUAUUUGGUGGUGAACUGUCCUGUGCCCAGUUCCCACCUCUUCUCUAAACCUUCUAGAACUCUCUUUCAUACCACAUGUUCAGAGGAACGAUGAUUGGAAACUUUUGUAGUCUACAAGCCAACGAUGCCAUAAAGACUCAAGGUUUUCAAAAGAAUCCUGACCAAUUACAGUACAGGUUCAAGGGAUCUUGAAUAAAAGGUGGAUUGUUUGCAAUUGAUUCCCUUUAUUUAUGUGCUUGGACAGAAUUACCAUCCUUUAACUAAGCACAUGUAGGUCAUGAGCCCUAAAUAAUUUGUAUGGUUCAACCACCCUUGUUUUUCUGUGUCUUUGGCCAAAAUAUGUAAGGCUUUUCUUAAAUUCAUUCAGUAUGUUUUACAUGUAUAAAGAAAAGUCUAUAAGUUAGAAUAAAAGAUCCUUUAAAAUGAUAUUUCAACAAAACCCUUUAAGUAUUUUAUUAUUCCCCAGCUCCAGGGAGCUAGGGAAAAGUGGUCAUUGAAAGGGGGAAUUAUUUCCACAAAUGGUGACACUGCCCAUUAAAUACAUGUAAUGCUAUAGAAAAAUGAACAUUUCAUAAUAUGUUGGUUUUUCUUAUUUUGAUUAUCAUAAAUAAUUGCUGGUAUGUAUUAGUAAUGGACACUUUAACUUGUAUUUGGGGAGGUUUGCUUUGUUCUGUAAUGAUGCUGAGUCAGUAUUUAAAACAACCUGGCUAGGUUAGACUUUGCCUGUUCUUGACUAUUUCUCUCUUUUUAUGAUAUAAAGGUCUGUCUAAGAAUUGAAAUGCAGAUAAAACAUGACUGAAGGUAGAACACACUGAUGUUGAUUGAAAGGGAAAAAUAUUAUGAUAAAUAUAUAUACUUAUAUAUAUACACACAUGUAAGUAAGUGAGUGAGAAUAUAUUAUAUAUUCACACACACACAAACAUACAUAUGGGCACAAUGACAGUAUGUUUUCAAGGUUGGUUUUUUGAUUCUGAGGAAUUUGCCACCUCACUGAGCUUCCCAAGAUUUCAAGAUUUCCUUUGAAAUAAUUAAAUGUUUAAGACAGAAAUGUUUGCUUCUUUUCUGUAGGUACUAGAAAAUACAAUUCUUAUUAUUCCCUAUUCUUUCAGUGACAUAUCCAUUGUGCACUCAGAAGAGCCUGUUUUUAGGGAGACUUUGGGGUUCUUUUAUCAUCACCUUUCAGCUCACCCAAUGCCAUGAGAAAAUUACCUACAGAACUACCUACACCUGCCUAUCUUGACUCUUGUCUUUCUGUUCAUCUCAGUUCCCCAGUUUUUCCACAGGGGAGGCCUUGUUUCCUGGAGACCCUUCUGAAGUUUGAAUACUGAACUGAGCUCUCUUUCCCUGCUGGUUCUGGGCCCUCUCCAUACCUGGUGCCACCCUUCCUGGACUCCCAGCCCCAUUGCUUCCCAGGACACAGAUAAUGGGAAUUUCAGAGUUAGUAGAAAGAAUUUCUUGCUGUAUCUGUGAUCGAGGGAUUUUAGAUACACGUGUUGGUAGCCCUAAGCAUGAGGUUUAAUCUAUUUCUUAUAAAGAAGGGUCCACAAUGGACCAAACUCUAAAGGUAACCCAAAGAGAUGGCUUAACAGGACUUCUGACGAAGACCGAUUAGUUUUGUUCUUAUAGUGACCUUCUGCUUACUCAUGAGCAAAACUCACUUAGCUGAGAGGGAAUCCCUGAUACGUCAGAGCCAGUAUGGGAACAGGGAAAAGGAAUUGAACUUCAAUUCACUGUAAAAAGCAUUUUCUUCUUUCUCUUUCCUUUUCUGUUUGUAGACCACAUUUCUGCAGAGUGGGCUGGUCCUUGGGCAUGACCAUUGUUGAGUUAUUCUGGGGAGUUUCCUGCACUGCUGGGAGGAUACUGUAGUUUUGUUUGUUUGUUUUAAAUCUAAUUAUUAUAUCUUUUUGUUGCCUGGAAAGGGAGAAGGUACUGUCCCCAGGAUGUAAUCAUUCUAGAUAGAGAUGCUUUCAAAUCUGUGAAUGGUUGCUGGUUGCUCUUGAACUCCCAAGGGAAUCUCCAGUUUGGAAACAAUUUCUUACUCCUUAGUUGGGUUGUUGGUUUUCUGCUUCUGGACAAAAACAGCUUCUAUGCUUUAGGAGCUUUGAAAUCACUGGACAGAGGAAGCAGGUGGAUUACAAUGGGAUGUGUCAGAUGAUGCAAGAAUUUCUUUUACCCUAAAUUCAAGGUAUUUAUGGCUCUGGUAGAGGCUUUUUGAUAUUUUUUAUGUUCUCGGGCCACUGGGUCUGCCCAGUGACCUUCCCUGCAAGAACAGUGUGACAGAUAAUGUGUCCAUUUUACCCGCUGGAGUUUCCUUGGGCCAGAACAGCAUUCUCACUUCAAAUCCAGUUAAUCAUUUGAUUAUCAAGUAUUUAUUGAACACUUACUCUACCAAGCACAGGGUUAGGACUACAGGGAUAAAAAGAUGAAAUAAACUUCAAGGUGUGUAAUACAAGAGAUAAGAAUGUACAUUAAAAACCAUAAUGCAGUGGAGAGUGGAGCCUAAGGAGAAGUGCAAGACAUUAUGGACAUCCAGAACAGGAAGAAAUAUUUCCAAGUGAAGGUAGAAGGGAAGGCUUCGAAAUGAUGACAUUUGAGUUGAGUUUUGAGGAAUUCACAGCCUGCAUGCAGAUGGGUGAAUAUGGCUGGGCACGUCCAUAGUCAUGAUGCAUCAUUCAUUCACUUACCAUGUUGAUUUCCUUCCAAUGAGAAAGCAAGACGAUUUCAGCAGGACAUAUUCAAGCCAUGCAGUGUCUUCCGCUGUCUGUUAACAUUCACCCAACCUUAUUGAAAGGAUAGCCCUUCAGUUGAAGCUAGGUUAACUCUUGGUUUAGAAAUGUGAUUCAGGGAAUGGCUCUUCCUUGUAGAUAACCACACUCCCUCUUCAAAAGCUUCAUGAACACCCCAAGAGUUGGACUUGCAGUUGCUCAGAUGUAUCCAUUUGCAUGCCUUGACUCAAAGCUAAGCCCCUGCAGCUUUGAUAUAUCUAAACCCAUUCCUCUAGUUCUCCAUAUGUGGUGGAAGGGAGGAGGAAUGAGGUUUCAAGUGGUGAUUUGCAUGUCUCCAUCUGCAAGGGCACAUCAGAAGAGUGGAAGGUGUCAGUGGACCACUUUACAUGUGAUUCCUGGAACCACUGAGUUUUUGAGAUCAAAGGGAGGGAACUUGAAUGAAAAAUGGAAUUUCUUUAAGCCUAAAGCUGCCCAAGAGACAUAGAAGCUUCCAGUCUCUGUUUCUUAAUAGGGUUUUCAUUCAAACCUGGUCAGGCAAGCUUCUGGAAUGUUUGAGGCCAGUGCAAUCUCCCAGAAUUGGUUGAGCCAUGCAGACCUUGGCUGGCCCCAGAACUUCACUGUAGUAGCCAAGGAGCUGGUUACUGUGGGCACAGCAUUUCCUAAUGAGGAAUUGAGUCUUUGGGAUGUGAGGUAAGGCCCAGUUUCUCCUAUGGUUUAUAUAGUGGUUCCAGGUCUUUCCAGAUGCCAUGAGAAAAGUAUGUAGAAAAUGAGGCCAAGAUAGUUUCUUUUCUGAUACUUUCCUCAGUGGUCCCCAGUUCUCUCAGCACCACACCUAGAUUCCUCCUCAGUUUGUUCACCUUAUUUCAUGUUCUGAGACUUUAAAAAACAAAGAAACAAAACCCCAUGCAGACAUUGAGAUGAGAGAUGCAAAGGCACCGAGAAUCGAGACAAAUGUGAGGACCUCCCCACAGACAGAUCUGCUCCUGGAACUGGUACUUGGCAUCUAACGUGUGGCCUGGCCUCUGACGUCAGAAAAGCAUGUCUAAGUGGAAAUGCAGGGAAUGGCAGUUCUGAACCUUAGAACUUAUUAAUAGGACAAGCAGGCUUGGAAUCCUGAUUGGAACCCCCCAACUGCCCUUAGUCUCAUUCCUUAUAAUUAUUAUCUCUUUAACCUCCAUAAAAUAACUCUACUACCAGUCCAUGGCCUGGAAUCUCUUCAGAAUGGGUAGGAUGGUGACCAUUUGUAUCCCUGGGGCUGAUAGACAAGCCAUGUCAGCCACACAUACAUUCAGAAAAGUUGGACUUUGGUUUUACACAAAUUAUUUUAAACUUCAAGCUUCAAGAUACUAAAUUUUAAUCAUUCCCUUUACCACCACCACCUGGGGCUCUACUGAGCCUGACCGCCAUGAACCACAGGCUGAGGGUGACCCCAGACCCUCACUGGACCCCACGUUCCCCUCACCCAUGAUGUCUGCUCAAAGGUGUGUUGCCUAAAGCAUUAUUCCUCUCAGAUUUAACUCAUAUUUACUGAGCAGUUGCUUUAUGCCAAGUUGCUAAGUGCUUUUCUAUAUAUUUUCUUAGUUCAUUUAAUUUAUUCUUCGUAAUGACCUUUUUCAUCUAGAGAAAUAGAACACAUUGCUUUGUUUGACAAAUGAGAAAAAUGUGACCUAGGCACGUGAAUGAUUUGCUCAACUUCUCUUGAUUCAUAAGAGAUAAAAACCAUGAGGUGGUAUCAAGUGUCUUGGCUGAAAGUCUUCUGCCUUUUCCACCACGCCUCUGCCCACACACUCUCUUGCUUUAUUGAUGGAACAUUCUAACCUUCUUUUCUUCCUGCUGCCUCACUGAACUUUGAGAGGCCACUUGCCUGUGUGGUACAUUUUAUCUCAGGCUGCAGCAGCCAAGGAUGGCUUGAUCUGUGUAUAAACAAUCUAUCUUGAGAUUGCCUAAGAGCAGGGGCCUUUGAGGCACCAGUCUGAGACUGGCAUAUCCUGUUUUCUCUGUUUCCAAAGAUUUUCCCUGAAAAUAGUACCUAAAAUAAACCUUAUGAGAAUGUACUUUUAAAGCCAAUUCAUGUUCUUCUCAUCUUUCCCAGGAAGGUCUUUUGGCAGAAUCUCUCUUUGCUGUAGAGAAGAAAUCAGGGCAUUCGGUGGCAUCAUUAUAUUUUGGACCCCAAAAAGCUCAAAAGGAACUAAACAAACAAUCUCUGCCUCUAGCUAGAGUUGCUGCCUCCAAUACUGCUGACCUGAAUUACUGGGCUCUAGCUUGGCUUCAGGAAGCUUGCAAAUACCUUGAUAUUGCCCCAUAUCAGCUGUCAAAACUGGCAACCGCCUCCCUGAGGUUAAAGGUUGACAUUUCUUCCCUUGAGAACUAAGAGCUCAUUGAGAUUCCUGGACUCACGCACAGUCAGUUCACUCUGUUCAUUAAUCUUCUAACUUACUCCCUCAUUAUUCAGGUAUCCCAGGCCUGUGACUAGACCCUAUCCGUAAGUGAUUCACAGUCUGGUGGGGAGCUAACCUCUGUACAUCCAGGGCUGAAAGGUAAGAUGAAAUUAAUGAGUGCAGAUAAAGCUCUCUCAAGUUCAAAGGAAAGGAAGGCAUCUUAGCACCACCAAGCUCAGAGAAAGAAGAGAUGAGGGCAUUAAGGACUGUUGAGUGUUCCUCAUGAAUAGCAUGUCCUGGGUUAAGGACAUUUGAGAAGGUUAUAAGGAAACAAUUAACACCUGUGCCCCCUUUUUUCCCUAAAAGUAACUCCCAGUGUGUACCAACAUAUUGGCUCCCUUGAUAGCCAUUGUUAGAGGACGCUUCCUGCAAUCAUCUUCCUUCUCAGUCAGUCACCAGGAGUCCUUCUCAAAUAGGAAAAAAAUGGUUUAACCACAUCAAGAAGAGACAAGGGGAGGGAAGAAUAAGGAAAAGAUUCCUCUAUCUUUGAGACAGAUUGCUUCAGAAGGAAAGUGGGUACUUCAUCCAUAAUCAUGUUAGCCUUGACCUGGAAACUGAAGAAAGGGUCCCAUUACUGCCUCAACCCCAGGAGAGAAGAAGGACAUGAAACUCACCAUCCCUGUGCCUUUCUAGCUCUCAUUCCUAGCCAUUGUUUCUAUAUGACCACAUAUCCCAUGCCUCCAUCCUGAGUUUAGGUUAAGCAACAUACUAUGAAUAAGCACAUGGCUUACAGAGAACAAAGAAGAAGGAUAUAUUCUCUUAAGAAGAGCCAAGAGAGAAAGGGACACAACAGCAUGGCACAGGCCUUGGAUCAGUUGACUAAACUUGAAAGGUUCCCUGUGAGAUAAGAAGCUCCAGGCCAAUCCCACAUGGCCCCUUUAAGCCAAUGAUGAAUUCUUGUCAAUUCCACUUAAGAAUCAUUUGUUUGUUCUUUGUCACUGUUCUAUUUUCAUGGAAAAUGCUGAGAUAUAUCUUGAGGUGAUUUAUCAAAAGAAUUUCUGAAUCAGGUCAUAUCACAUUCAUUGCAUCUGUCACUUACCAGGCACCCAUUUCCAAAAUAUGACAUAUUUUUCUCCAAGUAAGUCCAUUAAUAACACUACAGAUUAUGUCAAUGGUGAGUGUCCACUGAUUAAUGGUGAUGAGAAAUAGUGUUGUUUAUGUUUUGAUCUUCAAGACAUAGUUGUUUCUUCCCCAGUUUUCUAGUUCAAUUGGGCAAACUGGACCACUAAAAGUCCACUAGGAGUUUGUCUAGUGAUUUCCCUAAGUGCAGCUGGGUACGAGCAAGUUGAAAAUGACUUCUGUCAGCAGAAAUUAGAGUUAGGAAGCUAUGCUGCUGCAUCCCAGGACCACCAACUCUCACUUAGCCCUGCCUCCCCUCCAAGAAGUAUCAACCCUUUCUACAUUCAAGUGCAGCAGCUGAAGUCCUGGGUUUGCCACCAACAUUAAUACUCCAUGUGCUGAAGCAGUUUCCUCUUCUGCAAAAUGAUGACACUCUUUAAGGUUUUUUUCCAUCCUAAAAUUUUGUUAUCAAUACCCACUCAUCUAACAAACAGGAAGAAAAUUUAGCUUCUCCUUAAACCCAUACCAAUAUUUAUGAGCAUAAGAACACAAAGAUCCUCCUUACACAGAAGACAAACAUCUCCUAAGUCAAUUCAACUGUAUUUUUCUCUUACCUUAAAAGAUGAAGCCAAUACAAAAAUUAGGUGGAUGUGGUGGUGCACACCUGUAAUCCCAGGUACUCUGGGGGCUGUGACAGGAAAGUUGUUUGAAGCCGGGAGGCAGAGGUUGCAGUGAGCUGAGAUCACACCACUGCACUUCAACCUGGGUGACAGUGUGAGACUCAGUCUCAAAAAAAAAAAAAUUCUCCAUUCAAGGGAAGACCCAUGGUCAGCAGUUCCUUAGGUCCGCAGAACCACUCACCUAGGGGAACUCAGAGCAAUGAGCAGAGGGCACUGCCUCUGAACUGCAGAGGCACAGGUGGUGGCUGCAUUUUGAGCCGGGGCUGGGUGAGGAGUACAGAGGUUUCUGGGACAACUGCUUUGCUAUGAUAGGUCAUGGGUGGAAACUGAAGUCUAGGAAAGCUUAGUAAGAGGUGGGAAUCAGAAGCCAAGUCUGGUGGGAUCUCCUCUGGUCUAAGGAAUGAAGAAGUAUGAGCACCUUUUGCAAAAAGCGAGGGACAGAGGCACCAGUUCUGCCUGACUCUGUGUCUCCUAAAACAAAUGCUGACAUGCCUGCUGGAGGAGGCCAUGUGCUGGGCUGAGCACAGGUGUCCACUUCUACCCAUAAGAGCAGGAACCAGACCAGUAGGAUGCCAGUGGACACUGAGCCUGUAGGAUUGGGGGGAUCUUUUUUUCUUCUUGAGGAGUGUAGCAAAAUUUUUAAGGGAAGCCCAAACUUCCUGCAAUGGCCAUAUCUUAGCCAAAUGAUUGUUUCCUAAGCUCACACUAACUCUAUUUCAAAGUUAGAAAAACUUCCUAAUGUGGCAGAGGAGUUUGCAUUUCUUCCCUUUCUUAGGCCAGGAGUGUGAGUAAAGGUUCUCUUACCUGAAUGCAGGUCACUAGUAGGAGGCAGGUGGAUCAAACCACAGGCCACAUCCCCGGGGAGAUGGGGGCGGGUGCUACCCACACCCUACACAGGGCUGGCCAGCCCCACUCCCCCAUGGCCUCAACAGCAGCCUCUUUCUGUCUAAAAUCGCCCCUUUCUAAGUCACUUAACCUAGGCAGAGUUGCCCUGUGCAGUUAGGAGGGACUUAGAGCAGGGUAGAAGGGGCCAAUCCAAAUGGCUCAAAGAGCAGCUUUCUUGGGUUUAGGCCUCAGGAUAAGGCUAGAGAGGGGUCACACGAGGAAAGCCAAAGACCAACAGGGACAAUGUGUGGCUUCCAUGGGCUUCCGGCCUGCAGUCGGUGUCAAGGAGCCAUGAUCUGCCCUCCUCUUGGGCAUGGAGGGAUGGUUCCUGGAGGCAUUUCAGUACAUCCUGCCUUUCCCAACCUGUCCCAGACUAGUUCUUGCUACAAAUCUCAGAAGAGGAUUCUCCCUCAGUCCCCCUUGCCUAGCUUCCUGUCCCUCGGCAUGGAGGUGAAGAUCUGAUCACUGCCUUUAGCCUCUCACUCUCUGCCAGCUACUUGCCCAAAGCUGAGGCUCUCCGGGGAACUGCAGCUCGUUCUCAGAUAGACUUUUGGGUUCUUGACUUUUUCUUUCUUCUCUUGACAAGCAUGAGACUCUGAGGCACAAUGGCCUCGACAGGGGUCACUCAUGUAUCAGCUGAAGGCUCCUCCCCAGCCUGGUCUCCCGGCUCUCAUUCUGUCCAUUUUUCUUUCCUGAGGGGUGACCCCAUUAUGUUUUGCUUUCAUUCUGUGAGGUGGUGCCUCUUCUGCUCUCAACAGUGUGGGAUGGUAUGUGAUGGGUAUUGAAGCGCAAAGCAGCAUUACCCCAAAGAGGCUCAUGCAGGGGAAAAAAAUUUUUUUUUUUUUAAGUAUCAUGAGAAAAGCUCAGUGAUGUGGGAAACUCCCCUCAGAUCCUCCAUUCUUCAGCCCCGGUUUUCCAGUCCUUUUCUUGUGGAAUUUUAAUACCAUCUAUUUACUAUGAUUUUUUCUAAUGGAGGAAGAACAUCAUGCUAAUGAGUUGUGCAAAGGACAUCAUUCUUUUGUAACUCUAAGUUAAAGGGGUAAAGACUGCAGUGAAGCGUGUUUAUGUUAAGAUACCCAUUUAUUGUGCUAGGUUGAUUUCAGAUUGGUGCAUUCUCACUUAUCAGGGACCUCUGAUUCUAGCAGAACAAAAUCAGCUAUUUACUCUAGUUACUGUAAGCAGAUACAUAACUUUUACUGUAAUUUGAAAAAACCUUGCACUGUAAUGGUUAAAAAAAAAAAAAGCAAAUCUUACUGAAACUGAUUUUGUAUUUUUGAUUACAUCUGAAUUUUCACAUUUUUGUAUCUAACCGUGACCACGGUAGUGCUUCCAUAGCUUGUGUUCAAGGUCUUGUUUUCUUUCCAGGUUGAAUUCUUAAGAUUGUGUUGGUGCCAGAUGUUUAAGGGGCAGGACUGGGGCCUGGCUUGUAGAACCUGUCAUGGGGGUUGUGUCUUCGGCCAGAUCACGAGCUGGCAACAGGAAAUCUUGCCUAGACGGAGCAAGCUGAUGUCGCAUUUCAUUGCGUGAAUUCCCACUGACAGUUCAUAUCUCCAACUAAUUUAAGGCCAACAGUUUUGGCCAAACCUUUGCCAAGGACUCUCUCAACUGAGCUGCCCCCCACCCCUGCAUUACCCAGCUUCCUGGGUAAGGGAGGACAUUUUUGAAAACAAAACUUGUGAAGUUAAUUUGUGCUUAUGAUUUUUUUCUUCUUGCUGGAAACGUGCUGGGAAGCAGACAGCAUGAUGUUAUUGCUUUUUCUGCUUUUCCAAACCUGUUGUACUCUUUUGUUUCUUAGUGAAGAAAAUUCUAGACACAGACCUAAAUAUGAACUCUUCCUCCUGUAUUUCAGAUUAGCAAUUCUCCCUAUGUAUUCCUAACUUGUUAAAGUGUUUACCUUCUUAGCAUUGCUUCUCACAUUUUACUUUAUUUUUUUACUGAAAACAACAACAAACCCACAAAGGAACAAAUAAUCUUUCUCUUUUUCUCUCUUUCUCUCUGAUGUGUAAUGUUGUGUUGUCCAGAUUCUGUAUAAAAAUAUGUAUAUGAUGUAUCUGAUAUUUGGCAGCCACUGGCUGUUACUUUAACCAAUAUAAUUAACAAAAUGCAUAAUGUUGGUGUUUGAUUUUUUUUUACAAAAAAAAAAAAAAACAACCUAGUUAAGAUGUUUGUGUAUUUUUGCAUGGUUAAAAUGUACUUAGUGCAUUGAGAAAUGUUGUGGAGGCACUCAGUGAAAAGGCCGGUUUACUUUUUGAUCCUAAUGGUAAUUGGUUGUUGACCAGACUAAUCCCUAUGACGUCCGUCUUCUUUAAGUUAGCAUAUUUCUAUUUAUAACUUGUUUCAGUACUCAAGAUUCAGCAUAGUGUAUCUAUCUAUCUCUAUUGUAUUUACUGUUCCUUAAAACCAGGUUGUGGAAGUUCACUGCGUCUGACUCAGAUGUCUCCAUUGCCAAUUUCUGUUGAAAUGUGUUCCGUUCAAUUUGCUGUACAGUCCAGAUCUGAAGCAUCCCCGGGGCCCGUGGACAAGGGCUGUCAUCUCUCCUUCCGAUGGUCUAUUCCUUUGAGCAGUGCUGUGGUUUUUCCCUUCACAUGGAACAUCCUUUUUUUUUUUUUUUUUUAACCUAGUUAUAUAAAGGAGGAUAAAAAGACAGGAAAUUAAGUAGAAAUAUAAGAAUUACUUAUAUUUUAUACAAAAAGUGCAUAUAAUAUAUUAUAGAGAGAUAGGCAGACUUUAAAUGUGAAUUAAGCCAAAAGGCAAUGAAAGAUAGUGAAGGGCUCAGAAAGCGAGAUCUUGGGUUGUCUUCCCAGGAGUGGCACCAUUUCAAUAGGAGAGCUGCAGAACAAUGGGUUGGCCUUCCUUGUGUGCCAGUUUCAUGCUGGGUGAGAUUAGGAAGGACAGUCUUAGGUGAGAGGCAUCUAUAUUUUCUUGCGUCUUCAGUGCAUUUAAAGCGAAAGUGGAUCUUUAAGUACCUAAGAGAUUGGAUUGCUGUAUGUUUAGAGACAGUGAUCACAGAAUCUUCUCCACCCCCUUGGACAUCUGGACUUGCUCAGGGGAAAUGCAUGUCUUAAAAGGCACAAACCAUUCUGGUUCAAGAUUACCCUGAUUUGAUUCUUGCUGGGAUUUCAAGUCAUCUCCUCAGCCAAGUAGCUGCUACACGGCUUUUGCAAGCAGGCAGAUUUGGAAAGCAUUAUCUCUGGGAAUAGACAUGAAGCUCUGGCACAGAGUUUGUUCUUCUCCCUAAAGGAGUCAGAUUCAUGGACUUCUUUUUCCCCCUGGGCACACAGGAGUUUGCCAUUCUAUUUUUUUCUAACCCAAACUCUGAUAGACACAUCUCCCCCACCCCCAGUGCUAGGAACCAGCAUGCACAGAGGGUAUUAAAGCACCUAGAUAGAUUUUUCCAGUGUCUGUGUUUUUGCAGACAUUGGUCUUUUGGCAGAAUAGCAUACCUCUUGACAGUGAGCCAUCUUCCCUCCGCAAAUCUGGAGGCACACCCGGUCCUAUGAGGUCUUGGGCUUAUUGUUUCUGCAGUGAAAUGUUAAUCUUGAUGACCAGCCAAGUAGAAACCAGGACUGGGAUCCCUCUGCCUCUAUGACUCUUCAUAGUUAAGAGCUCAGAGCUCUUUACAAGCAUCUUGUUUCUUGUAGCCACUGCAUGCCUCCAUGACGUGCCUGGCCAUGGGCUCUGAUCCUGGCCCUGUCUGCUGCUGGUGGGCACCUUUCAAGAUCUUUUGAAAUGUUCAUUAGGUUCUAAUGCAUUUCCUACUUCUCCUGAGUCAAGGUUGACCUCAAAAGGACAGGAUUCCACAAAGAUGUGGCAGACACUGCUGCUCUCCUGCUUGGCUCUUUCAAGGCCAGAGUCUAGAUGGAGCAUUGCGAACAUGCUGACAUUAGUCAGGAGUCCCAAGAAACCUGAAAUUAAAAUUAAAAAUGUACUGACCUUUCCCCAGGAACAAGGUUGGCUCUCUUUGGACACAAGCCUGGUAGAGCCCUUCAUGAUGCUAGAAUUCAGCCCCUACCUCACGUCUAUUCCAGACUGAUAUCAGUUCUUUAGGACCAUCGACUACGAAUGUCAGAAAGGACUGAGAACACACGGGGUCCCAUUUCCUCCCUUUACGGAUGAGGAACCAAAGCCCAGAGAGAGAUGAGAGAUGAAGUGAUUUACCCAAAGAAACCUGGCUCAAAAGGAGGAGGACACCCUCAGACCCAGCUUCUCAAUGCUCCUCUGUCCCUCUCCUGACUUACAACCAGUAACUCAGAGUCCUUCUAAUUUGUGAAAUUCAGAUAUCAUUCCCAAACUCUCGUGUUUGAUAGAAGUCACUAGGAAAGAGUUUUCUGUUUCAAUGAUCAUGGUUAGUGUGAACACACAUGUCCACAUUCCUCUCUCCCAACCCAGCCCCAUGUAAGCCAAGGGAAGAAGGUUCAGAUUUGGGAAGUGAAAUAAGCUGAUGUCUCAUUCACCUAUAUUUUUGAAGAAUGAGGAAGAACAAUGAAAAGAAGGAACAGCAGAAUCUAAACCUGUAAACUGCCCUUACUCCUGUGAGAACAGCUUAUUCUUUAAAAAUCUCAGUGGUCCAUCCAUCCACCCAGCGACCCCAUCUCUUGUUCAGCCAUCCCAACUUUCCUGGACGUCUUCCAUUCCAGAGGCAUCUGAUUUCUCCAGGAAUUCCCUUUUAGCAGAGCCCAUUUUAGCAGGAAACCCUCAACUUUUAAAUUCAAGCAGGUAUUCCUGUUAUUCACUAUAAACUCCUUUUUUUGGACCUCUCUCUGCUUUUAUCUCAGUUGAGCCACCAGAAGCCAAAGUGUGUUUUCUUCAUGCAAAACAGUAGAUCAGGAACUUCCUGGGGUGUCAUUCUUCCAAAAAAUGGCUGUUGGCCUUCUGGCCUCACCUUCCCCCUUAUAUGAGCCUGGAGCACUGUCUUAGCUGGUCCGUUUUCCUUUGGGAGGCCUCAUUGAGGUUUGUCCCCCAAAGCUUACAAAGAUCUGGUCUAGAAUGUGAAUCUUUGUGGUUUUAUUUGAACUUUCGAAAUCAAGUCUGUAAUGUGCUACUGAGGCCCUUGAUUCUGUGUCAUCCCUGCAAAGGGCCCAUGAGUCCCCCCUCCUUUCCCCAACCUCCAGUUCCUAAGAGUCUCUUUCUAAUUAAAUAGAUACUUUUUUUAUUCCAAUUAGAUUAUGGUGCUGUUUCUCAAAGAGACCAAGCCCCUGAGUUGAAGAUCUUUAAAGGGCUUUAUUCCUUUAAAAGGGUACCAUUCCAUCCCUUUCCAGCCCCCCACCUCCCCACCUCCACACUCUCCACUUACAGUGACACUCCUUCUCUCCACCAGACCCCGACUCAGGCUCCAGAGAAGACUGACCACGGCCCUGUGCCACGACCCAGGCAGGCCCUUUAGUGUGACCUUUCCUGGUGGUGGAUGCUCCGUGAAGCGUUGAGUAGCAAAAGUGCUUUGUCUCAUCAGAAGUUAGGAUGGGUGUGGGUCCUUCCCUUGAAACCCUGAGGCUGAAGAGUGCUCCCUGGUGUCUUCAUGGGAGAUGGGAGCGUCCAGAAUUGGCCAAAGCUGGGGGCAGUUAUCUGCCCAGCCAGCCAGCUCUGCGAGAGGGGGACUGCAGCUGUGACCCCUAAGUUAGGGCCAUAGGUCCCAAAGCCAAUUUGUUUGAUAUUAAUAAAAAAUUAUAAGUAUAAUCUAUUUUAAAAUAGAGUGAUAGAAAAUGUGAUAGAGCUGGAAAUGUGGUAUUUCUCGAUCGCACUGUCCUAACAACACCUUCUCACAUGCUUCCGGAGCUCCUUUCCACGUGUACCCAUUCUGCCAGUGCACGUAUGUGCACCUCCUCUGCAUCUUUGCAGUCCGUAUCAAACCUUCAUUUUUGUAUGUCACUAUUUGUUUUCUAAACUUAGUCCAUGUAAUUCCUAUGUUCCCUGAUGUUCUUAAACAUGCCUAUCACAGGCAUGGCCGGUUGGGGCUGCCUGCAGACCAGCUCGUGGCUCAGAGCAACAUGCAGACCUGAGGCUGCUGUCUUUGCUGAGCUCUGUUCCCUAGAAGGGUGCCUGCAGCUCAGCGAAGCAAUAAAGGGUACUUGUCCAUAUUAUUAUGUUCCUAAGGCUAAUCGGCAGGGUGUUUAAAAAUAGCUGCCUGCCUUUCAAUAUGUAACAGCAGAGCUGGAGAACAUGGCAUGGAUGUAAGAAGGUGAAUCCAACCGACAUAUCCGAAUCUCUGCAGAAAGAGUUCCGGUACUGAUUCUGCAGUAACUCCUGUGUGGCUCUCAGCCCUUUGCCAGUGGCUCUGGCUGUAACGUGAGGGAUUCAGCUAGAUGACCUCCAUGGGGUUUUGUUUUGGGUUGUGGAUAACUUAGAAAAUAUAUUUAAAUACAUAUCACAGUAGGAUUGUACAAUAAAGUUCCACAGACCUGCCAAUUGAUUUUGACAAUGAUCAUCCAAUCUGUUGUUUGUACCCUCACACCUCGAUUAUCACAUUCAUUUUCUUAAUUUAUUAUUAUAAUUCUUAGAUUCCUGGAUAAAAUGUCACUGAGUUUUCUUAGGACCAAAACAAGAUGGCUUCCACUAGAGAAAGAAAGGCCAGGCAGGGAACUGGUCCCCAGAUGGGUGGCCAUUACAACUGCCGUUUCUCCCUGCACCCAUCUCAUCCCCACGAAUGUCCCACUCACAGGUGGUCCUGAGCCAUCCUAGCACAGUGCAUCCAUGCCUCUGCCUCCUCAGGCCCCCAGCAUCUCAUGAAGAGUCCUUUCCAGACUUCCAUCUCAUGCCAGAGGGUGGAGGGAUUUCCCCCUGGCUUGCCACAGUUGCGUGUGGUUCAUUUGCUGGCAUUCUUUAGCAGCAAUGGCUUGAGCGCCAGUUCUUCAACUUCAGACAGUCGAUUCGCCCAGCAUCUUGCCAGCAGUUGGCUCAGAAUAACAGGCAGCUCUCCAUGCUCAUCCUUCCCAUAGCAUUUCAAGCUAACUGUCCAUCUUCUUCUAGAGCAAGCAGAAAGGAUAAGCUUCUGUCCAUCCUGUUCUGUCUUCUGCACGUCACCCUGUGAGUGGAGUCAAGUUCAAGGAACUUCUUUCACUUCUCCAGAGGCUCCCUGGUACCUCACAUUCCCAGGGAGAUUGCAGCUGUCAUUCCAUCUGUUCUAGGGGGAACAUUCCUGAACCCCGAAAGGCUGCCCUCUUCUCCAGCUGAGCACAGGUCUCACUGGGGCCUACAGAAAGCAGGCCUGGCUUUCCAGGACAUGUGCCAUUCCAGGCCAUUGGGAUGGGCCGAAAGGUUGAUAGCAAAGGUCUUCAUCUAUCUUCUGCAGGAAACUUGGUGCUUACAUCUUCCACUCACCAGUCGGGUGACCAUAGGAAAGAGAUUCUGGAGAGUAGAAACUUUGGUCAAGUUGCCCCAAGUCAGGGAUGAGCCUUCUUUCCAUGGAGCCUUCCAAAGGGCAAGCCGUCUGCUACUGUGUACUGUAAAUUCAGAGCUUCAGGAGCCGAGGCCUCCUGUGCUUGGGGGAAAGGUAGCUGAGGAGAAAGGGACUCCUUCUCACCUUUCGUUUACCUUUGAUCUGGCUGAACUUAGCUGCCCUUAACUUCUAGUUUGCUUAAGUCCUUAUUGCCUUAAUAACCACCUAAUAAGCAGUCAGAACCACUAGGAGAGAAGCCCCUCCCAUGGAAUCCAUCGCAAGCCUAUCCCCAGCCUCCCUAGUGCUGCUAUGCCUGAAAAGAGCCCCAGCCCCGUCUCCAAAGCCCAGGGUUCACCUGUUGCUGAAAGAGUCACGUUCCCAGGCUGAGGACAAACCCAGGACUGCUCAGGUGGAGAGAUCCCUGCACCCACGUUCACCACUGACAACCCAACUCCAUCCUCAGUCUCCACGGCUUCAGAUCUGGACUCCGCACCCUCCUCCACCUCCAUCUCUCGUCCCAGAGACCCUCCCCCCAUCAUGCUCAGUGCUGUUCCUGAAGACCAUCUAGACUUUUUUGUUCUCUGGAACAUUCUACUCACCUUCAGCUGCAGCACAUUUCUUCAGCCUCUCCACCAAGCUCUUUAAAAUGAAAGGCAGUUACUGUCUUCCCUUGGACAAUAAUGAAUGUAUCUCCUGUACGUGCAGACGGUUUCGAGAAGUGGCUGGGUUAAGAAAAAAGAGGGUUUUUGUAAAGCCUGUUUAUUUUUUUAAGUCAGUUUUGAGCAUUUCUAUUUUGCCACCCUUCACAUGGUUUUGGGGAACCCAAAUUGUAUCAAGGUCUCAUGCCAAAACAAGCCAAAAGUUGUUUUCUUUACCUUUUUCCUCCAUGCACCAUGAUUUCAAUGAUUGUUUCGGUGUCAUUUUAAAUGUUUUCUUGUGACAUGUACUGACGAUAAAAGUCAUCUUGACAAAAAAAAAGAUUUAUACAUGAAUCAGAAAGUAUUUAUUUCAAUUUUGUACCUUUCCAUUUUAAUACAUUAUAAUGUAUUGACUCAACGGAGAUAAUAUAAACAGUUCAUUUUAAUAA